AAGGACCGAGUAGAGCGGGUCCCGAGGAGGAGGAGCCGGACAGGACGACGACGGCGUGGGGGCGGGAGGCCAUGGCGGGGAGGCCCGACGGGCCCGGCCGUGCGGGCAGGACCGUCCUGGACGAGUUCACCGCCCCCGCCGAGAAGACGGCGCUGCUGGAGCGGAGCUCGGGCCGCAUCGAGGGGCUGUUCGCCGUGGCCCUGGCCGUGCUGGGCGCCCCCCAGCCCGCCGACACGCUCUCCGGGCCCGGACGCAUCUGGCUGCGCCUGUCCGGGGCCGAGGAGGCCGUCCGCAGGGCCAAGGAAUAUAUUAAGGGGCUCUGUGAACCUGAAUUAGAAGAAAAAGAAUGUUAUCCAAAGGACAUGCACUGUAUUUUUGUUGGGGCCCAGAAUCUAUUUCUUAGGAGCUUGAUUCAGGAUACGUGUGCCGAUUUGUCGGUCUUGGAAAUAGGAAUGCUCGGUGUUAAAGGUCAUGCUGAGGCCGUCGUCAUGGCCCAAAGUCACAUUCAGCAGCUUGUGAAACUCUUCGAGGGAAAUGAGAACCUCCCAAGCAGCAGCAAGGAAUCAGACGUGAAAAAGGAGUUUAAGCAGUUGGUUGAAGCCCACGCAGACAAAUACACCAUGGACUUGUUGAUUCUGCCAACCUCGCUGAAAAACGAACUCCUCAGUUUGGCACGGGGUGAGGAUGCGGGUGGAGCGGAGGAGGCCUCAGGCGGGAGUCUGGGCUUCAGAAGAACGGCAGAGUUUCCAUACAGUGGGAGACAGAAGUUGACCGUGUCUAAGGAUGCAAGAGGGUUGCUGGAUGAAGCGAGAAAUAAAGCCGGGACUCCAGUUUCAGAGCUCACCAAACAAAUGGACACAGUAUUUUCCGGAAACUCGGAGACCCCUUUCAUACCUGUCAACGGCGUGAUCCCAGCAGAAGAAUCCCUUUGCAGGGAGAGGGUGUGCAAUAAAAGGAGGUUUUCUGAUCCCGAAGAAAGACUUCCCAAGAAACAGUUUUCUUUGGAAAAUGUUCAGGAGAGCCAGCCGACACCUGAGACUAAGAAUACAGCUGGAGAGGUAGUUAUCGAUCUGCUCUCUGACGAGGAAGACUUAAACUCAGAGGCGAAGGAUACCAGUGAGGAAAUGGAAUAUAACAUCCUAGUGAACUUUUUCAAAACCAUGGGCUAUUCCCAAGAAAUUGUAGAGAAAGUUAUCAGGGAGUUGGGGCAACUUACAGAACCCUUAAUUCUCUUAGAGGAAAUUGAAAAAGAAAAUAAAAAGUUCCAGGAAAAGAAAGAAUUAUCUAGGACUUUUCCCCGGGGUUCUGGGACAAGUGAAAUGCAAAAUAAAUGUGUUUCCAGCAUCCAGAAUACACCUAAAAUGGAACGUGCGCCUAAGGAAACGACGACUCACGUACGGCAAAAUGUAGCAGAAAAGCCACCUCAUCUUUCAUUGGACCCAAAAGAAAAAUCACAUCCGUCGAGCAGUAAAACUAACACUUCUAGUACGGUCCCACCCAGACUCCAGCAAGAAGCUCAAAGUUUCAAUCAGAGCGAUUUUUUCAGCUCAGAGCUGGAAACCGAUGGAUUUUCCCCGUCUGUCCGCCCCCUCAACGAGCCUCCCGGCGUUAGAGGAACUCUCACGGAUGUGGACUGUGUGGCAAGAGGAGCUCCGGGCCUUCACCCUCGAGGACCUGUCACCCCUGAAAACGAAGCUCCACGGCAUUCAGCGGCCCUCGGGCAUCUCAAGAGGAAUUCUAAGACCGAAUGUGAGAGCCUGCUAAGAUGUAGCAAUCCGUUGCAGUCUAAACCGGCUGGCCAACCCCUUCCUCCAAAACCUAUCUGUCCAUGCCAAAAGGUGGUCCCAGGCACCGCUGCUAAGCCGGCAGGGCCGUCGAGUCCCCAGAACGAUCCCUCAGUUACCGGGGUUCAAAGAUUUAGAGAGAAUCUAAAAACGCCAUACAAACUGGAGUUAAAAAAUGAACCAGGGAGAUCAGAUUUAAAGCACAUUGUUAUAGACGGAAGCAAUGUUGCAAUCACUCAUGGUCUGAACAAGUUCUUUUCUUGUCGAGGAAUCGCAAUUGCUGUUGAGUACUUUUGGAAACUCGGCAACAGAAACAUCACCGUAUUUGUUCCCCAGUGGAGAACCCGGCGUGAUCCCAACAUCACAGAACAGCACUUCCUAACACAACUCCAGGACCUGGGAAUAUUAUCUUUAACUCCUGCUCGGGUGGUCUUUGGAGCUCGAAUUGCUUCUCACGAUGACAGGUUUCUGCUGCAUCUUGCUAACAAAACUGGAGGCAUCAUUGUAACCAACGAUAACUUCAGAGAAUUUGUGGCUGAAUCUGUGUCCUGGAGAGAAAUUAUUAGGAAAAAGUUGCUUCAGUAUACAUUUGCCGGGGACAUAUUUAUGGUUCCUGACGAUCCUCUAGGAAGAAGUGGUCCUAGAUUAGAGGAAUUUCUUCGAAAAGAUAUCUUCCAUGGGGAGCUCCCGUCACCGCCCGGUACCCAGCCGAAGGGAGGACCGACCGCAGCAGGCUCUGGGCUACGAAACACCAAUGCCGCUGUCACCGUGAGCCGCCCGGCCCCAGCCAGAGUCCAGGGACUGCUCUCAACUCCCUGGCCUCCCCAGUCCCUGAAUUUGCCGGCCCUCCCGAACCUGACCAAAAUCCAGCCCGACUUGGCCGUGCCCCCACAGAGGUCCACCAACGAAACCAAGCAGCUGAGAACAGCUCUGCUGAAGAUAUUCCCCGAGGCCGAGCAGAGACAGAAAAUAGACCAGACCCUCCUAGCCCACCCAUAUAUGAGAGACCUCAAUGCGCUCUCGGCCAUGGUGUUGGAUUGAGGGCGGGGUCGAGCCCAUCCAGCGAAAGGGCAAGGAGCUCCUUUCCCCCUUGGUAAUACAACCUGAUAUGAAGUGGGUUUUCUUAUGUAAAUGGCAGUGCAACUAUUGAAACUCUUCACAGUUGUAUUUGUACAGAGAUACUAAGCAUUUUUGUGUAAACUCCCCCCCCUUUUUUUUAGCACUAGCUUUUUUGAUAAAUUAAAUUAUGCUGCUAUUACAGACUUCUAGUCACAUUUUCGGUGAAAGGAAAGGCCUAUUUCCUGUCUGUCCAGAGUUCUAUGGAAAAGCAAUUUGCCCAUCUUCAUUUGUAUUUUUGAAAUUAUUUUCUUCAGAUGAAAAGGUGGACACAGGUGAGUCCAUUAACUUUGGUUCAUUACAAAUUAAGAACUUAACACUGGGAUAUCUGUUACUCGAUGUGAAGGUGGUCUGUCUGCCAGCAUCAAAUGUCUUCUAUGCAGUAAGUCUUUGGAGAGAUCUAGCCAAUCAAGUUACUCUUGGAAUCCUCCUUGAGUAAACCCACUAGGUAGCAUCUUAGAUCUGUUUGCAGUGCCAAGGAAAUAAAGCACCUGAAAGCCACUGUAAAACGUGCAACAAAAGUGGCGUCAGUAAAUGUCUACUGACAACUCACAAUUGAAUAAUCACGACUUAUGAAUGUAUUGCGAGAGCUCUUUAAGUUGCUCAUUUGCUGAUAAACUUUUUCAGGGACAAAUAAUUCUCAUAUCUCGAGACAUAAACCAAUAAAGAGCAUCCGUUGGUUUAUGGAA